AUGAAGACCCGCGCCUCCAAGAGUUACCUCUGCGCGGGCAGUUCGUCGUUCGAUGACCCCGACGUGGUCGAGGUGUCUCCGGCCGCGGCUGCGGGGUGGGCCCCUAGCCACCACAAGAGGAAGCGGAGCCAGGUUGUACCUCAAGAAGUAAUUGAAAUUGAUGAUGAUGAUCCUGAUGGAGUCAUAAUUAUUGGUGAUAAAGCACCAGUGGACAAGAAUAAGCAAACUGUUGUAUGCCCUAUGAAUUGGCCAAAGCAUGGCAAGAGUGGUUGGAUUCAGGACUGCCCUGGCCCAAGCACAUAUGUUUCAAAACAUACCAAUUCCUGGGCUGACCUCAAAGUGUUUCAAGAUGAGUCGGUUUACAACUAUUCUGAUGACUACCCUUAUGAGGGAUUUGAAGAAGACUAUGCUUAUGAUGAAGAUGAGUUUGAGGAUGAUGGUUAUGAUGCUCCACUUAUUGAAAGUGAGUUUAAAUUUGGUUUGUCUGCCAAGUUUGAUAACCUUGAUGUUCCACCUGGUUUGGAGGCUUCUUUACCGUGGAUGCAGAAGACUGCUAUUGAGAUUGCAAAUAAGACCAAAUCCACUAAGGCUGUAGAUGAUAAAAUCGAAGAAAAAUACAAGGCCUUCAAAAGAUUUGACACUGUUGAUGAUCAUAGUGAUCAUUAUUAUUCAAAGCCAGAAAAGAGAAAGGUUCAGGUGGUAAAAAAGCCAUCAAAAGACUGGGUGAAACGUAUUCAGCAUGAGUGGAAAGUCCUAGAGAAAGAUUUGCCAGAUACUAUAUUUGUGAGGGCAUAUGAGGAUAGAAUGGACCUGCUUAGAGCUGUCAUUAUGGGACCAGCUGGUACUCCUUACCAUGACGGUCUCUUCUUCUUUGACAUUUACUUCCCUCCUCAGUAUCCAAAUGUACCACCGAUGGUGAAUUACCGUGCUGGUGGUUUGCGGCUUAAUCCAAACUUGUAUGCUUGUGGGAAGGUGUGCCUUAGCCUCCUAAACACCUGGACUGGCAGUGGAUGUGAGAAGUGGAAUCCAGCCAAUUCAACUAUGCUGCAGGUCCUGGUCUCUAUUCAAGCUUUGGUUUUGAAUGCAAAGCCUUAUUUCAAUGAGCCUGGCUAUGCUAUGCAUGCUAACACAGCUCAUGGGGAGAAGAAAUCCCUGACAUAUAAUGAAGAUACGUUCCUGCUAUCCUGCAGGACGAUGUUGUACUCUCUUCGAAAUCCACCAAAGCAUUUCGAGGAUUUUGUUGCUGGCCAUUUCUGCAAGUAUGGGUGCAACAUCCUUGUAGCUUGCAGAGCCUACCUGGAUGGUGCCCAGGUUGGAUGCCUUUCUGGUGAUGGAGUGCAAGACGUCGAUGAGGGUGAUACGAGCUGCUCAGUGAGGUUCAAGCAGUCACUGAAGAGACUUGUUGAGGAACUUCUGAUGGAGUUCACUGCGAAGGGCGCGGACUGUGGCAAGUUCCUCACCGAGAAGGCAAGAUCUGGAGCUUCCACAUCCGCAGCGGACACCACACUGAGGCUGUAA